ACUAGCAGGUGCCACUUCUGUGCACAUCCCUACCACACGCUCACACAGUGCGUUAAUGGAGCUCCAGGGGGCAGGGCGACAUGUCGAUCCUUGGAGCUACUGGUAGCAGCCAGACUGUGCUCACCUGGGCAUGCGAUCUGCCCGCCCAAAGAAAGAGUACUACUUGCCUGCAGGGUGGUAAGCUCUUCAAGGCUUCCUUCCCACAAACCCUAUUGCCCUUUCUCAGUGGUCAUGAGAAAGGGCUCAAUGUGAGUUUUUUUCUUUCUUGGUGAGGGGAGGUAACUUUGUAAACAAAACUGAACCAAAAUAUUAGCAAAAAACAGGGCAGGUAAAUUUGGAUUUAGAAUUUACACUUUUCCUUUAACCAUGUUUGUCUUCUCUACCUCCCCCCGCCCUCCCCUGCACAGCUGGAGAAUCCCAAUAUCCAAGGAAUGAAAAUAAGUAAAAUAUAUAGCUUCAGUAUUCUAUAAUAUCCCCCCUCCCCAGGAGCUUUGAUAGGUUCUGCCAUCUAGGGGCAUUAAUUGGGUCACAUUCCUGUAAAGGGUUAUUGCAAUGAAGGCCUAGUGAAAUUAAUGGGACUUCUGUUUGUUGUGAUGAACACCACAUCACUGUUGCUUUAAAUGGGAUUUGGAACUAGAUUCAUUUCACAAAUAUUUGUUCACACAAGAGGUUUACACCAGUAAGCAAUAUGACAUCAAGGCAAGGACUUGUGUAUUUGCAGCUUAUUUGUUAUUAGAAAAAUAGCAUAUAAGUGUUUUUUUUAUAUUGGAAAACCAGUCUCAGGCAAGUCCUCUCAUGAUUUUAUUUAUAUUUUGAAUAUUUAAAGUUUGCACAUUGUCAGUUUUAAUGUUAUAGGCACAGCUCAGCAAAAGUUAGUCUAUCGGCGUAAAGUUGCAACUAGCCAAAGUGAGUCAGAUGUAUAUACAGCUUACUGCUUAAUUAAAUUGAUUCUAAUGUGAUGAUGCCACAAAUAGCUUAGGGUGUACUACAAUAGUAUACAAGGUAGGAAUGCUCAUUUCUGUUGUGCAUUACUACCAGCACCCUGAGUCUCUUUGUAACAGAAAGCGCCAGUUUUGCCCAUGUUUGGUCAAUGUCCAGCAGGCUUCUUUCACCAUCAUGUUCCAGUUCCAAGACAGAAUCCUUUUAUUGUGAUGCAGGCAUCACCUUGACCAACUUAGAACAGCCACGAGUAAGCAGGAUUCAUUACUGGCAAGAUGAAACUGAAACAACAGAGUUUCCUGCAUUUUUUGUGUUUAGAUAGAAUAUACUGUUUAUUAUCUGUCCGAAAUGCUAGAGCACUGGCCUACUACUUUAAUCUACUCGAUGUUCACAAAAAGAAUGCUUUGAAUAAUUUGCAGUUCUACAACUUUCUCUAUUAUGUGACUGACCUGACGAUGACUCAGAUCGUGCUGGUGUUUGACUUGCUAGACUGGGAUGGCACAGGAGAGAUCGGCUUUGAUGAGUUCUACAUGUUGGUGUGCAUCAUAAUGUCUCACGAGGCACACCAUCUGCAGAAUAUCAUCAUGAUGAAAAUCAACCAGAACACACUGAGCCACCUUGAAAAGCAGUUCAUGUAUCGUCAUUCUCAUCCUGUUUUUGAGUUGCUGGAUAUUGAUGGAGGGCACACAAUUGGUCCAGCAGAAUUCCAAGCCACUCGCUUCCUUUUCAACAUUAAGAAGGCAGAGCUGAGUCAGAUAUUCAAGGACUUUGAUAUCUCUGGAGACGAGCAACUGAAUUACAAGGAGUUCAAGAUGUUUACAAUCUUCUGCAUUGAUAGACAACAGAAGAAGGCAAGAGAGAAGCUGAAGAAGCUACAGAAGGCUGAGGCUGCAGCCCAAGAAAAUGAGUUUGAUUUCACCAAACUGUAAUUACAUGUGGAAGAAAAAAUGAGUCCUGUUUCUUCCACAGCCAGAAUAUCAUCUGGACACACACACACACACACCCCUGUGAUAAAAAGGCAUGGAUGAAAAAACUCAACCAGCUCAAAAUAGUUAUAAGAGAUUAAUUAGCAAUAAAAUAUGCAUUUGCUAUCUA